CGCGCGCUGAAAUGCUGCCGCGCGCUGCCGUUUUCCCCCGCCGCAGUCGUGGUACGGUGAGCGGUUUUUCUGACUGGGAAUGCCGUUUAUAUCCCUGCGCCUUGACCUUUAGCGGAGCGCCCCCAAGGGCUGUUUAAAGACGAGCUCUUUUCCCUCUCACAUUUUCUCUUCUGUAAUUACGUUGGUUGUAACUGGUGAGGACACCCAGAGCCCAUGCUGGGGUUUGGGAGGUGCUGUACUGCUCUGUCGCUUGCUUUGCCCUGGUGAGGCGCUGUGGGGAGCUGCGCUGGGCUGGACGAGGAGGAGGAGGAGGAGGAGGAGGAGGAGGACAAGACGACAGGCUUGCUGCGGACGCGAAGCGAAGACGGGAUUGUCUUGAGUGUGGUAUAACCGCCUUCUUGCUGCUCAUCAGCCAUGGGACUGCAGCCCUUGGAGUUCAGCGAUUGCUAUCUCGACAGUCCCGUGUUCCGGGAAAGGGUCAGAGCUCACGAGGCAGAGCUGGAAAAAACCAACAAGUUUAUCAAGGAGCUACUCAAGGAUGGCAAGAACCUCAUCGCUGCCACCAAGAAUCUUUCAGCUGCUCAAAGAAAGUUUGCCUGCUCACUGAGGGACUUUAAGUUUGAGUUUAUUGGUGAUGCAGAAACGGAUGAUGAAAGAAGUAUAGAUGCAGCUCUCCGUGAAUUUUCUAACUUUCUGAAAAGUUUAGAAGAACAAAGAGAAAUAAUGGCUCUUAGUGUUACUGAAACUCUAAUCAAACCUCUGGAAAGGUUCAGAAAAGAACAACUUGGAGCUGUAAAGGAAGAAAAGAAGAGGUUUGACAAAGAAACAGAAAAGAAUUACAGUUUACUAGAGAAGCAUUUAAAUAUGUCAGCUAAGAAGAAAGAAGCCCAACUAUUGGAGGCAGACAGCCAAGUGGAACAAAACCGAAAACAUUUCUAUGAGCUGUCACUUGAAUAUGUGUGUAAGCUGCAAGAGAUACAAGAACGAAAAAAAUUUGAGUUCGUAGAGCCUGUCCUCUCAUUCUUUCAGGGCAUGUUUACUUUCUACCAUCAGGGCUAUGAGCUUGCCAAAGAUUUUAACCACUACAAAAUGGUUCUGCAGAUCAAUAUCCAGAAUACAAGAAAUCGUUUUGAAGGGACAAGAUCAGAAGUGGAAGACCUUAUGAACAAAAUCAAACAAAAUCCCCAGGAACAUAAAAGAACAAAUCAGUUUACGAAGGAAGGCUACCUUUAUGUGCAAGAGAAAAGACCUGCACCAUUUGGUUCCAGCUGGGUGAAACAUUACUGCAUGUACAAGAAAGAGACAAAGAAGUUUACUAUGAUACCAUUUGAGCACAGGUCAGGAGGGAAAAUUGGUGAACUGGAAGUCUUUCUCCUUAAGUACUGUACGAAAAGGAAUACUGAUACUAUAGACAGGAGGUUUUGCUUUGAUGUGGAAAUAGUAGACAGGCCUGGUAUGCCAGUGACAAUGCAGGCAUUCUCAGAAGAGGACAGAAAUCAAUGGUUCGAAGCUUUAGAUGGAAAAGAAUCAGUAUUCCUCAGUUUCAACAGGACUAACACAAAAAGGGAAGGAAAUGCACAGUUGGACAAGAUUGGAUUCACGAUUAUCAAAAAAUGCAUCCGUGCUGUUGAAACAAGAGGUAUAAAUGACCAAGGACUAUACAGAGUUGUGGGGGUGAGUUCAAAAGUCCAAAGACUUCUGAAUUUGUUAAUGGAUGCAAAAACAUGUAAUGAAGUUGAUCUGGAGAAUUCCACAGAAUGGGAAGUGAAGACAGUAACAAGUGCCAUGAAACAAUACUUGAGAAGCCUUCCAGAGCCUUUAAUGACGUAUGAGCUACAUGGGGAGUUCAUCAUUCCUGCCAAAAGUGGCAGUCCAGAAUCUCGUGUUAAUGCUAUCCACUUCUUGGUCCAUAAACUUCCAGAGAAGAACAAAGAAAUGCUGGAUAUUUUGGUGAAACACUUGGCAAAUGUUUCAAAUCAUGCGAAAAAGAAUCUCAUGACUGUAGCAAAUUUAGGAGUAGUGUUUGGACCAACAUUAAUGAGGCCACAGGAAGAAACAGUGGCUGCCCUGAUGGACCUGAAGUUUCAGAAUAUUGUGGUGGAGAUCUUAAUUGAGAAUCAUGAAAAGAUUUUCCAAACUCUGCCUUUCCCCGAGCCAAUCUCUGCGUCAGUGUCUCCUCCAAAUGCUCCACCACGACAAUCAAGAAGACAAGGGCAACGUAAUAAGAGGCCCAUUGCUGUAUAUAAUCUCUGUCUUGAGCUGGAUGACAGUGACAGUCUUAGCCCUACCAAAGAAUGCACACCCACUGGUAGCAUGGAUUCCCUAUCUUCUCAGUCUCCUACAACUGCUGUCCCCAGCAGUCCUCCAGACAUGCAGAAAAAUCAUCUUAUAACUGACAGUGGAGACCCAGCAGACUCAGCAGCCAGUCUCUCUAGCGACAUCCAUUCAUCAAUGGUUUCUUGGAUGAAUGUGCAGUCAAAUACAGCACUUACCACAGUCACAUCAACAUCACUAUCUGUCCCCUUUCCAUCUCCUGCCAGGGAGACUGAAAGGCAAGCUGGAAGCAGAAAAGCAAGAGCAGUCUAUCCAUGUGAGGCAGAACAUAGCUCUGAACUAUCCUUUCAAACUGGGGCAAUUUUUGAAGAUGUCGAAAGUAAGAUUGUGGAAUCAGGAUCCUUUCCCCUUUCUGACUGCUUUCACCUAAGGAUUUUAGAGGAGAGAUGUGGAGAGGGUUUGGCUCAAGUGGAAAAAAGAUGGUUCAGGUUGGUUGCAGUAGCAGACCCAGAAUUUGCUGAUAGAUCCUGAGAACUGUUGAUUCACUCUGAUGUUGCAGAAGUGGAAUAGCAGUAGGUCAGGGCACUGAAACGUCUUUCGGUGAUUGAUUUAUGGUUUUUCCAAGAAAUUUGUUCCAAGGUCAAAACUGCUUGCAGUAUAGCUUUCGGUAUAGUACAGCCCAAGGGCAAAAUUUACAGUAUAGGGAUAUGGCUUACAUGCUUCCCUGCUUAUUCUUUCCUGUGAGGGCAAGAAGAACUGUGGCUUCUCUUGUGAGUAGGGUAUGUCAUGUGUAUUUGACAUAUACACUGAAUGCUAUUGUCUGAGUUAGGCAUGGGAGAUGCUAUUUGCAUCUUAAUGUGAUAUUUCUCCGUAUGUGUAUUAGAAAUUUGAAACUUCUAGGAACUGGCAAGACCCCUGAAUUAUUUAAACCAUCUCUGAAAGUCUUGGCUCCUUAGGGAUACCCAAAGACAAUUUUAACUGUUGCCACUCGCAGUUUAAAUACUUUGUAUGUGACUGUAAAUUUUAGACCUCACCAGCUACAAUCAUGGUGGCACCAGCUAAGGAAAAGAUCUUUCUGUGGUGGAGGAUAGGAAGCAGGAAAGACCCUUUUUCUAGUCUGCAGUUAUAAUCACUUUCCAAUACUUGUCAAAAUGCCUUAUUUAAGAAGCACAGCUCUUACUUCUCCUUUCAUUUAGAUCCAAGAUUUAAAUAUAUGUGCUGACUAUCAGUGUUCUGUAAUCCUGUCUGUAGAUCCCCUGUGGUGCCUCCUUGGUAAUGGAGUUUAACACUCUCAGGGUGGAAAGCUACUGGAGUACAUACACUGACAGUAGAUCAUAAACUAUAUAAAGCUUGAUUUAUUAGAGUUGGGAUUUGGUCUUAUUUGGGGCAGGAAAAAGAAAAGUGCAAAACAUAGUUUAUUCAGACAUGCUGAAGUUUCAGUAGCCAUGCUCCCAUUGGCAUUAUUAAGAAUUUCCAACUGUAGCUAGCUUGUUACAGUGAAGGCACAACAUAUUACUUAUAUUAUAAUUAUGGGCUGCACACCAAGUGGAUUGCAGACCAAAGCUGAAUGUUUUGUGGUCCAUUUUUUCCCUUGACUGAACUCUCACCUGAAACAGCUUAGUUCAGUGGGAAUGGAGUUAUGUCAUUGUUAGACAAUUUCUUUAAGAUGGCUCCAGUGCAAUCAUAAAUGUCUUCUGAAGCCUUAUAAUAAAACAUUUUCUUAGCAUGUUUUCCAGGGAUUGUUUUAGCCUGGCAGUGAUGGAAAAGAAGCCCACAGGAUAAUGUGGAAGCAAAGAACUUAUCUUUAGUUUGGUCAUCUGUGAGCUAUGUUAUGCACAUGCACUCUUACCCUGGAGGCAGAGAAGAUUCACUAGAUUCCAUGGUUUAUCGAACCAGUCUGCUUUCCUGUGUGUUAGCUCAUACCAUAUGCUCUAUAUUGUGAGGGGCAAGAGCACUUUCUUGUUCAUAUUCCAUAAGGUGUACAUUUUAAUAGGGCUGCUCCUGCCACCACCACAACAAAAAUUUUAACCUUCACAUAUUUUUACAUCCAUAUGACAUGGAGAAGCAAUAAUAGCUUAGUAUUAAAUGGAAGACAGCCUUGGCUUCAUUCACUGGAAUUUCUAGUUAGAGCACUCCCAAGCUCUUGUAACUCUCCUAGUAUUAUGUCAUAAGGGCCUAGAGUGAGAAUGAAGAUGCCAACCAGCUGCUGAGAGGUUUGGAGAAUGGUGAAUAUAGGAGAGACAAAUCUAGGAAAAAAUCAAAUGAGGUGUGGCGGGACAGGACAAGCAUGGUAGGGAGCAAAAGAACAUGUGUGUUACGUUUUGUGUGUUUGGAUAAAAGUGAAUUUGUCCCUCUGCACCUCAGCUGCUUGUGUUUGGUGUAUCUACAUUUAAAAUACAUACAGAUUUAAAAAUAAGACUGUUGGAAAAUAGUAUAGCUCAUUAAAGUGAAAAGACGAGCAUUAAAUUGCAGUAGAUCAAAACUACAAAUAGGUUAAUUUUGAGGAAGGAGUAUUAUUCUCAGCGAAUAUAUUUAAGGUGGUUAGUUGAAGAAAGAUUGUUAAAGCUUAUGUAAUUAUAACAGCAGAAGUUGGGUUGCAGUACCCAACCUAUGUAUUCCAGAGAUAUCCCACAGACAUCAAACAGGAUUAUUCCCAGCUUACUUUGAAAUUACUUCUCUGCCACCAACUUUAGUGGGACUAAAAUAGCUUAAGUGAUUAAAAUGGAAGCUGAAUAGACUUUGCACACAGUAAAGAUUUCAGUUAGUGUGUCAGAAGGUGUGCGUAUAUCAUGUUACAUACAGAUGCCAUAAUCCAACACAGUGUCAGUUAUGCCUAAGUCCAUCAAUUUCAGUUUCUAUGUAGCUGCAGUUCUCAUUUUUAGACUCUGUGUUUUGUGAAUAAAGCUGUUUUUGUAAAACUGACAAAUGUCAUUGCCUUUAGCCAGACAUAGCACAGAAAAGUCCCAUGUGGGCAUGAAACUGGCAGAGAAACCUAGAUCUGAUUCUUCAAUAGUGAGCAUCUAAGCAGAAUUUGCCUAA